AUGACGAUGUAUUGUUAUUUUAUCUCUGUAUUAGUUUUAAUUAUUCCAACGGUUAUUUCAAACAGUAAUUCAUAUAUAAAUCUCCAUGGUUUAACAGCUGGUGGAUGGGAAUAUGUGAAAGAUUAUCUCACAGAAAAUAUCAUCGAAGAACGAGAUUUAGGUGCAUCAAUAUCUAUAUAUUAUGAAGGAAAAGUAGUCGUCGAUCUAACAGCAGGAUGGUUUGAUAAAACAAAAACUGUACCAUAUGACAAUCAGACAUUACAGUUAGUUUUUUCAACUACAAAAGGUUUAACGGGUAUUGCUGUUGCACUUUGUGUUCAACGAGGUUUAUUAAAUUACUCAUCACUAGUUACCGAUUAUUGGCCAGAAUACGGACAAAGUGGAAAAGCAAAUACAACUGUAGCUGAUAUUCUUUCACACCGUGCUGGUUUACCAUUAGAUAAUUCAUCAUUCGAACAGUAUUAUAAUUGGUCAUCAAUGGUUCAUAAACUAGAAAAAGAAACGCCAUUAUGGGCACCAGGAACAGCACAUGGUUAUCAUCCAUUAACAUUUGGGUGGUUAGCUGGUGAACUUGUGCGACGUGUUGAUCAUUUGAAUAGAAGUCUAGGAGAAUUUAUUCGAGACGAAAUAACAGGUCCUUUAGAUAUUGAAUUCUAUGUUGGCCUACCAAAAGAGAAUGAAUAUCGUGUGUCGCCGUUAGAUUUUGGAUUAAAUCAUUCAUCUUCUGAACAAUAUGAUGCAUUUAAUCAACAAAGUACACACGAAGCAGAAAUACCAGCUGGAAAUGGAAUAACAAAUGCGCGAUCUGUAGCAAAACUUUAUGCAUCUUUAUUCAAUGAUAUGGUUGAUAAUAAAUAUAAAAGAUUAUUAAAUGAAGAUAUUUUAAAGGAAGCAACGAAGUCCAAUACGCCUGUAAAUGAAAUAGAUCUAGUUUUAAAUGUUACAAGCGUAUUUAGUAAAGGCUUUUUAUUAAUGGAUCAAGCUUUUCCAGAGUUAGGUCCUGGCUCAUUUGGUUAUAGUGGUAUUGGAGGAUCAAUUGGCUUUGCAGUGCCGGAAAAAAAGUUAUCCUUUGCAUAUGUGAUGAACAGAAUUGACACUGCAAUACCUGUGGACGUUGAUAUUAGAUAUAAAUCAUUGAUAAAGGAAAUAGCAAAAAAAUUAAAUAAAAAUAACAGUUUAUCAGUAAGACUUUCAACGAGUGUGUUUGUUUUGUCAAUUAUUUAUUCAUUUGUUUCAUUAUAA